GUCUGUCCCCCUGCUCACAUCUACAGCGAUUCAGUUCUUGGACGUGUGCGUGAAGGUGUAGCUCGGUGCCACAACGUCCCACUCUUGGGGAAUACAAGGAUAGUCGGCCGAAUAACCAAUUUAAAAGGACAACAGCCGAUAAGCAGCAUACAUUCAAGUUUUGUGCAGCUAUAUCAUUUAUUGAAAAAUGGAUCCAAUGCAGUCCGCCCAGAUAUCGUCGUCGCAGGGGUUUGCGGAUGGCCAGAACUCUGCUACCAAAGAUUCAAAACUAUCUGAUUCCUUUCUUUCCUCUUCGCCUGUAUCUCUCAUUCAGUCUCCUCAAGACAAAAGGGUCGUCCUGGGCUCCGACAAGCCCUCGGAAGGUGUGGCCACUUCCCUCCGUUUCCCCUCUCAACCAGGCUCAUUCUCUCCUGGUAACUAUGGGAGCGAGGGAUCGGGGCCGCCCGACGGACAACCGGACUCGCCAAUCAAGACAUCCCCGGUGUCUGAAAGAAUCAAGGCCCUGGAAGCCCUCGCUGCGAAGAAGAGCGAGCCCGAGAACCGAAGCGACGGCGCGCAGCUUCAUUUCAAAGAGCGGCAUUACGAGAAGUCUCCGACUGAGGCGCCCGCAGAGGCCCCUCCGGUCUUCCAGAAGAAAGUGGGUUCCACUGAUCAAGAGUCUCCAGAAUCCCCGUUUGAGGUCCUGGGAGAUGCACGACAGGGCAGUGAGUUUGAAGAUACGGCUGAAUGGAUGAGGGCCCAUUUACCCCCCGUUCCUGACUUUGACGAUGCUGUAGACUCACGCAAAUGUUCUCUUGUCUCAGGGAAGACCAGUAAGUCGCAUGAGAUAAAGGGGGCAAAUGUAGUCAUACCAGAUGUACCAGCAGCUUUUGCUGGUGUCCCUGAUGCCUUCAUGGACUCUCCUGUUGAACCACCCAAACUGAAAGAUCAGGAUUCGGCCAAGCAGCCCAGCGUUGAAGAGGAGGCUGAAUUUGACAUGAGCUUUUUACCAACUGCAUACAUGUGUGACAAACAGAAGAAACCGGACAUCCACACUCCUCUAACUGAACCAGACUCUGAGCCUACCCCUUCACCUGCUCCACCGGUCGGUUUUCACUCCCCAUCUCCACCUCCCUCCCCCCCCACUGCCUCUGACCCAAAGCAGAAGGUCUCUGAGACCAAGAAGACUCUGUGCGGUGGUGACAUGGAGCCUCUGGAAGUGGCAGAAGUGGACAGUUCAGGAGAGUCUGAUGACACCGUCAUUGAGGAUGCAGCUUCCGUCCCUGCCCCUUCUAUCCCUGCCCCAUCUCCAUCAAACCUUCCGACCCCUGCACCUUCAGCCCCCUCUUCUUCAUCCCUCUCCACCGAGGAGUCCCAACCAGUGAAACAGGAUAAACAGCCAAUGCAAGUUCCCACUAUUAAUGUUAUUGAGACAGAAGAGCCAAAUUACAGUGAUGAAGAGAUGGAGAUGGAGAUUGAGGAGGAAGAGGAUGAAAGUUACGAAGUAGUUAAAGACCCAGUCAAAGAGGCACCCACACCCGCUGAACCUCAACCCAAGGUGACCAAAAUGGAACCAUCCAAAAUCCCACCCUUAGAGUCAGAAUUUAUGGGAGGUUAUUCUCCUCCAUCCUCUCCCGUUGACUCGGAUCCCGAGUACUCACCUCAACACAAGGUCCUCAAACCAGGUUCUGAUCAGGCUGAAAGACAGUCAGCUAUCGAUGAUUUACAGCAUGCGGCUGUCUCAAAGGGCCCAAGUUCUGAUGUCUCACAAACACAACCUGACAAAACACAGACCUCUAAGGAGGCCGAUGAAACUUCUUCCACUUUCACUGCGAAACCGUCCAUAAAAACGGUAGACGUUGACUUUCCAGACAAUGAUGAUGAGUGGUCAGAUGAUGCACCAGAAGUCUUGGGUCAGUCUGACUUGGCUAAAGUUGUUGCUCGGGAUCUUCCACAAAGCACCACUUCAAAGAUGGAUGAGAAGCCAAGCGGCGAUAUAAAACAAGAAUACAUGGAAACUGUUGCACCUUUGAGAUCCACCUUCAUGCAGGACGACAUGACAGCUAGAUAUGAUAGACAAUCAUUUGACGAUUAUGAUGCACCACCGGGCUUUGAUGACUAUGAUGACAAGUUGAAAGAUUUUGACUAUGACACUGUUACUAAGCCCUCAGACCCAACAUCUCAGAUUCAUAUCGAAACUCUGCUCCCAUUGAACAGUGCUACAACAGAGUUGACAGAUAUGGAAGAAAUCACCUCAAUGACUACACAAGAGUCCUUUGUCCACCCAGUGGGUGCUCAACCAUCUCAUAUGGAGUUUCCCAAAGAUCCCUAUUCGACUUUCCAGAGUGAACCGCAAAGCAGUGUCAAGGAACCAGUGACAGAUCUGAAAAAAAAGGAUAACGUUGUUCCUGAAGACAUGGUCAACAGUGAAACCAUCCUUCCACACAAAGUGGUUGCAAAGGCCCAAAAGGACACUAAAGUGGAUCACCGUUCACCCGACACGACAAGUGACCCAGAAAGCAUAGAGCCUGAAUGCUCUGUCUCUGCCGCCACAGACAGCUUUGUGGAGUUUAUGAGGGAGUGCCUGAAGUCACAACAGGAUGAGGAACCAGAAGACCUCAGUCAGGGUCUCACAACCAAGCAUGAACUUCCCAAGACAGGCGCUUCCCAAAAUCCUCCUACUAUGGUGAUGGAUCUGGAGCAGGAACGACUCACUAUCAGUGCCCUCAAAGAUCUGGGGAGCAGUCAGAAGGAAGAGGAAGAUCUCCAGUCCCAUGUAAAGGCCUCAUCAGCCUCCAACCUGGGCAAAUCCCAGUCUUCCUUCACCUCAAAUCCUAUCCCUUCGUCUCCUCAAACCAAGCCUGCUUCUGACAGCAGCUCGUAUUCAAAAGAGGUAGAGGCCAUCGACCAAUGGGUGGCCGAGGCCUACCAUCUUGCCGAGCAUGUCUUGACAGCAAUACUAACCCACUUGUCAGUGAAGGAUCUGGUGCACUGGCGAGACCCCAAGAAGUCGGGCGUGGUGUUUGGCCUGUCCAUGCUGCUGCUGCUGUCCCUGGCUGCGUUCAGCGUCAUCAGCGUGGUGUCCUACCUGCUGCUGGCCCUGCUCUGCGUCACCAUCACCUUCCGCAUCUACAAGUCCGUCGUCCAGGCCGUCCAGAAGUCCGGUGAUGGACACCCCUUCAACUCGGUCUCUCUCCUCAGGUCCCUGAUGGAUAAGGACUUAAGCAUUCCCCCAGAGACCUUCCGCAAGAACGUCGACGUGAGCCUGAGCUACAUCAACCGAGGCCUGAAGCAGUUGAGCCGCCUCUUCCUGGUGGAGGACCUCGUGGACUCCCUGAAGCUGGCUGUCGUGAUGUGGCUGUUCACCUACGUGGGAGCCGUCUUCAACGGAAUCACCAUCCUUAUCCUGGCGGACAUCCUCCUCUUCAGCGUGCCCCCCGUCUACGAGAAGAACAAGACUCAGAUUGAUCAGUACAUUGAUCUCGCACGCACUCAAGUCAACACCACAAUUGCUAAGUUGCAAGAGAAACUACCUGGCGCUGGGAAGCGUAGCAAAGCUGAAUGAUCGACCUGGCCAAUCAUCUCCUUUAUUACCACCUUCAUCAUCGUCAUCAACACUUCCUAAUAUGAAAGCCCUCCCCUUCCCUUCCCCCUCCUCUCCUCCUGAUCCUCCUCACCCCAUUCACACCAAACCCUCCUCCCCCCUCCUCCCUCCUGCACAGAAUCAGCCAGUAGGUACAUGAUCUCCCAGCUACUCAAUACUCAGUGUAAACCGCGCGGCUUAACUACAAGCAUUACAAAGAAUAACCGCAGCUGCAUCUACAGGAAACACCUCGCUAGCGGAGGAAGUGAUGUAACAAAGUGACCAGAUGCCUGUUGUGAUGGCGCGGCCACAGUAAAGAUCGAGUCAGGGUCAAUGUGAACUAGACUGAAUCUAUGACCUGGUUUGUAGUGUCCAGAAGGAGGAAGGUGGACUAUAGACUGUUAGGAUGGGCGUUUGUCUCGCAAAAGCAAAAGUCUGUACUUUUAACCAUACCUUUCGCUGAAAGCAAGUACAAAAAUACAUAUUGAAAAGCAAAAAAUAAAUAAAAAUACGUAACGUUUUUGGUGUAAUUGUGGCAAGCAUUUUCCUGCUCACUCUUUAAGGCAUUUGUAUGGAGAGAAAAAAGAGGUUCGUUUUGACGGAUACUUCUGGAGUUUCUGAUCCCUGGCCUCUUAAGUUUUGUUUCAGUUCACCUUAAAAGGCACUUAUGUAUGUAUGUUUCUGCAAUGCACUGAACAUUUAGUUUUUGAAAUUUAAUUUAAAAAAAGAGGAUUAGAACACUGAACCAGCUGUGAUAAUUUGGUCUAGUUCACCCUGUUAGAUUUUCAUUCAAAGAUGUUUUAUGUGUAUAUAUAAAUACAGUAAGACUCACCCUGCCGUAGGGAACAAGUUAGCUUGCUUUUUAUAUAUAAAUGGAACCCCUCACCCUGACAUUAGUCAUUACUUGUUUGUUACAUCUGUUCAUACCAACUCAAUGUUGAAGUCUCACAACUCUGUAAAUUACGAUGAUUACUAUUAUUAUUACUAUUCUUGGUAUUAUUAUUAUGAUUAUUACUUAAUAGAAUUGCCGCUUUGAUUCCCCAUUUGCUUCAUUAAAGCUUCAUAAGAGCUUUAUAACGCUUCAUAAUGUAACAUUAUGUCUUGAGGAAGACCUCUUGGGGAAUAGCUGGAUUUGAGGUCAAACACUGUUCUCAUUCUGAAGGUAGCUGGAAGUAGAGCAGAGAACACAGAGGAAGGAAGGUUCUGGAAAAGGUGUUUGUUUGUAUCUUCUUUAGAUGCCAUGAUGCGCAUGUCAUUGCAUAAGCUGGAAACAAGAUUCUUACCCCUUAAAUAGGCUGUAACAUAUUCCUAACCCAUUUUAAUGUUUAAGAUUAUUACUAUUUGUGGUUUCUUCAAUGGUGUCUUGAGUUUAAAUAUAAAACCAUGGUCAUCUAUUCUAGGGCUACUGUUACAACUGUAAUUGCAACGUCGUUUUGAAACUGAUUUCUAUAGAAGCAUCUAAAAGUGAGAUUUGCAUACUGUUUCAUCUCUUGUUGGAAUCACCCAUGUUACUAGGCCCAAAGCAAGCAAGCAAUCAUCGAAGGAUCAUUUUAACACAAGAUCGAUCAACUCGAUGAUGCAUAGAUUGCCUCUCAAUGCAGAACUGACUACUACAACUACUACUAUUCAAAUGUCUCCAAACUGCUGAAUGUUUUCCCCGCAAUAUGACAUAAUAGAACAUUCCUCCCCAUGAAUGCUAACCACAGUGUGACAUUGAGGCAAGGUUGUAUUUCAGUGGUCAGAGUAGAAUCACAGAUGUAUAGCAACAAUGCCUGGUUUCCUUGUACAUGUCUGUGUUAAACCUUGUGACUGGACACGGAAUCCACCAUUUUACUGGUGUACAAAGUCAACUUAAGCCCCUACACUCAACACUGUGUGUUUGUUUUCACUCACACACUCACUCAGUUGAAGGUAUACAAAGUCUGUGAGCCACAGUGCCCCUUGUGACACCAGGCUUCUGGAACAUCCAGUCACCAUGACCUCAUGUGUGGCCCUCUAGAGGGUUUGUUCCUGCAGUCAGGCUUUCAUGGGUGCGCUCCACCUUUCAGUUAAACCUUUACAACAAAGGCAAUGCACCUACCUAUGUUCAGAAUAAACUGCAAAAAAAAAAAAGUAAUAUACUAUAUAAAUCUACAUGCACAUUUCAAAACUAGUUUCUCUUUGAAGCAUGUGGCUUUUUUUGUUUAUCUUUAUAUCUUAGGGAGGGGGUGUGUCAGGAGUCCUUUUCUCUUUGGGCAUUUUUUGUUUUGCUUUUGACUAUUGGUAACUAGAUGUGUUAACUAACACCUGAGCUAUGUUUGUUAGCCUUGGAUUUAGUUCUCGAGUUUGGGAAAAAAUGUUACGGAAAAAAAAAGAGAGAAAUGUCCAAAAAACAAUGUGGUCCCUGUACUGAUGUCAACGUGGAGUUAAUAAAAACAUGUCAAAGGA